AUGGAUGUCUCUCCGGCCUUCGAUAACAUCAUCAACUUUCGGGAUGUCGGCAAGACGAUCAACGAUUUCCUGGGCCAAAAGCUUGUCCGAGAAGGCCUCCUGUUCAGGUCCGCCCGCCCAGACGACGCGUCGCUGCGCGACAGGGUGUUGCUGCGUGAGGACCUGGGAAUCGAGACCGUGAUGGACCUGAGAACAAAGACCGAGCACCUCAACCAGGCCAAGAAGCGUGAUGCGGACCUCAAGAUCCCCGCCCUCGUCCGGUCUAACGGCGCCCUGGCCGAGCCCGUCAAGAUCCCGGGCCUGUUGUAUCUGGAGAUCAGGAUCACGGGCAAGGGGUUUGAGAGGCACCUCCUGAGCCAGCUGUCGUGGAUCAGCUUUUUCAAGCUCAUCUUCCUCUUCAUAUUUGGCUUCCGCAUGAGGGCCAUCGCCGUCCUCGGCCGCGAGGUCAUGCUCCCACGGGGCCUGACGGGCAUCGCCAUCGACACGCUGGACCAUUCCAAGCUCGAGGUCGCAGAGGCCCUCCACUCCUUGCUCAGACCGGCUGCUCUCCCGAUCAUGAUCCACUGCACCCAGGGCAAGGAUCGGACCGGCCUUGUCGUGGCCUUGGUUCUCAUGAUCCUCGGUGUGCCCCUUACGGCAGUGGAUCACGACUAUGCGCUCUCCGACGACGGCUUGGUCUCGGAGCGCGAGGCCCGCCUGGUCGAGAUCCACGAGAUUGGCCUGAGCGACGCCUUUGCUUUCAUCGAUCCGGCUAUGAACCGGGCCAUCGAGAACCAUUUGUCUGCGGCCUAUGGCGGACUCGACGGCUACCUCGAUAACAUCGGCUUCCAAAGAGAUCAUCGCAGCAACUUGCGUGAGCUUCUGUUGUACUGA